CUUGAACUUGCGGUUGUCAUCAUCUCAUCAGGCAUCAGCGUUGUUGCAUUCUUCGUGCCUGUGACUUUUCAUCGGUCGCCAUGGGCCACGAUCAUUUGCCUUUGGCUUCGUCUGAGAAGCUCGAGCUCCUUUCAUCCAAGUACGAUGACGAUGAUGUCGAAAUCCAAGCCCCUCGCCUGGCGCCUGGCGCUCAGAAGCCUUCGUCAACCUCGUUGUUGCGAAGACGAUCACCAAUAUUUCUUUCUUUGGGAACAGUACUGAUCUACAUCCUCUUCAAACUCUGGGCCAUUCAUUCUGCUCCUGUCGAACAAGACUCGGAUAUCUGCCUGACCCCAGAAUGUGUUCAUGCAGCUUCGGAGAUUCUAUAUAACCUGUCUCCCAAUUAUAAAAACAUCGACCCUUGCACAAACUUUGAGGAACUGGUUUGUGGAGGUUGGAGAGAGCGCCAUGAUCUUCGUCCAGAUCAGGGCGAUGCCUUUACUGGUACGAUCAUGUCAGAGACUUCUCAGACCUUGCUUCGACAUAUCCUUGAAUCAUCAUACCCUGGAUCUUCCAAGCAUUCGACCUUCUCACCAGCAAACUUGGCAAAGUGCACGGCAUCAGUUGAUGAGCAGAACUUUAUCAAGCUUCAAGCUGCUUACAACGCUUGUCUAAAUGAGGAUAUCAUCAAAGAUGUUGGUGUGGCCCCCUUGGCAUCUAUCCUGAACAACAUCCUGGCCUCCUACCCUUUGGCCGAAUCCGAGGAUGACCAUCAGCAACUCUCCAAUACCAUCCUUUACUUGGCAGAACUUGGAGUCACGUCGUUGGUCGCAACUGGUACCGGGGCUGAUGACACGGAUCCUGAUACUGUCAUUGUCUCAGUCUCGGCUCCCUACCGCAUUGGUCUUCCCGCGAAAGAGUUGUACAAAGACGACAAGCUCGUGGAGAAGUACAAGUCCGUCGUGGGACAGGUUCUAUCAGCAUUGCUUCCAGAUCACUUCUCCAUGACCGAAAUAUCCUCUACUUUAGUCGACUUCGAGAAAAAGCUUGCAGCUGCCUCUCCGGAUGCGGAGGACAGGGAUGAUGUAACCAAAUACUACAAUCCCAUGUCACCUGAUGAAGCCGACUCACUUGUUCCGGCAGUCAGUCUAUCCAAAAUCAUCAACACCCUUUCCCCUGAUGGUGUCACAGCCGACCGCUUCAUUGUCAUGGCGCCGGAAUACCUCAAGAAACUCAAUGAGCUGAUCGACGAGACUUCGCGAGAUGUGAUUCAAGCUUACUUCCUAUGGAAGGCGAUCCAAUCAUAUGCUUCUUUCAUUGAGGCUGAUGCUAUCACGCCGUACAAGCGCUUCUCGAACGAGUUGCAAGGCAAGGACCCAGACUCAACUCCAGAACGUUGGCGAACUUGCGUCAAUCACGUCGAUGAUGGUCUUGGUUGGAUCUUGUCCCGCUUCUUUGUUGAAAAGGCCUUCUCCGAACAAGCAAAGGUGUUUGGCGACCAGAUUGUCUCAGACAUCAAAGACCAGUUCAUUGAGAAACUCAAGAAGACGACAUGGAUGGAGAAGCAAGUCGUCGAUCUUGCCAUUGAUAAAGUCCACAACAUUGUGCAGAAGAUCGGUUAUCCCACAAAGAGUCCAGAUAUCCUGAACCCUCGGAAACUCAGACACUACUACAAAUCUGUCGACGUCAGUGCAACAACAUUCUUUGAGAACGCUGUCUCCAUGAGCAAGUCCGAUGUCAAGAAGGAAUGGUCUGCCCUUGGAAAACCGGUUGACCGAGACCAGUGGGACAUGACCGUUCCUACUGUGAAUGCAUAUUACAACCCACCAGGGAACGAGAUCGUUUUCCCUGCUGGCAUCAUGCAGUUCCCCGUCUUUGAUGUUGCUGUUCCUCAAUAUGUCUCCUACGGCGCCUUUGGCUCCGUCUCGGGCCAUGAACUUUCACAUGCCUUCGAUUCCACCGGACGACACUACGACCAGAAUGGCAAUUACACUGAUUGGUGGACGGACAAGACAGUCCGUGCAUUCUCGGACAAAGCCCAAUGCUUUAUCGAGCAAUACGCCAACUUCACCGUUGAAGGGGCCGACGGAAAGCCCCUCCACGUCAAUGGGCGUUUGACUCUUGGAGAGAACAUCGCCGAUGCCGGCGGUCUUUCCGCAUCUUUCCAGGCGUGGCAGCAAAGACGAGCUGAAACCCCGAAUAAGCAUCUCCCAGGCUUAGACUUCUUCACGCAAGAGCAGCUCUUCUUUGUCAGCUAUUCGAACUGGUGGUGUGGCAUGAGUCGCAAGGAAACGGCGAUCAACCGUGUGUACACCGACCCUCAUGCACCUAAGUGGGCACGAAUUCUCGGAACCAUGGCCAACUCGCGCGAGUUCUUGGACAGUUUCCAAUGCAAUACCAGAGAGCCCGUGUGUGAAUUAUGGUGAGUAAAACUCACAUCGGAUGGGGAACUCGAUUGAUUCGAGGGAAUGCGCAUGUGUUCGAGAUGAGUGUACUAUCUUCCCCAGUGGUCAUCAUAAGUUCCAACCCUAAAAUAUGAAACUUCCAAUUUUUAAUAUAAUACUGC